AUGUCCCAUUUUCGGCUCAUCUAUGGUAAGCCAUGUCAUUUGCCCGUCGAGUUAGAGCACAAUGCACAUUGGGCUGUGAAGACCUUCAACAUAGAUAUAGAUGCCGCCGGGGUGCAUAGAAAGCUCCAAUUAAAUGAACUCGAGGAAAUUAGGCACAAGGCGUACGAGAAUGCUCGGAUUUACAAGGAUAAGACCAAGGCGUAUCAUGACAAGAUGCUUCGUACAAAGACAUUCUCCAAAGGGCAGAAAGUGCUCCUCUUUGAUUCUCGCCUUCGAUUAUUCCCCGUCCAAGUCCAAAGCAUGAAAACCGGCCAUGAAUUUAAGGUGAAUGGGCAUCGUUUGAAGCCCUAUUACGACCUGUUUGAGGAGCAUAUCGUGGAGGAAAUACCCCUCCAUGCCGUGAGCCCUAAUGGAGCUUAA